AUGUUUGCGUUUUUUAGCAUCAUCGUAAUAAACUCAAAGGGGCGUCGCCUGGACUAUGACUGUAAGAAACGGCAGCAGAGGAGAGAUGAUGAACUGAUUCAAGCUGAGGAAAAGUUGGAGGAAUCGAAGAGACUUGCUGAAAUGGCCAUGUUCAAUGUGUUGAGCAACGAUGUGGAACAAGUGUCUCAACUGCGAGCUCUUGUUGAUGCACAAUUGGAUUUCCACCGACAGACAACACAAGUACUCGAAGCCUUGCAAGCGCAACUUGCCGCAAGAGUGAAAGAAGCAAGUUGUCGCCCUCGAGCGGAGCACCACCCUCAGCCAGUACUCACCAACAGGACUCCUCGCUCCAGAUCUCCUGCAGCGGACGGAUUCGGUGGACAGUCAAGCGGAUUUGAACAACCACCACCCUAUUCAAAUGGUGGCGGAUUCCAGGCAUCUGUUGCAUAUCCAGCAGCACCUGCUGCGCAGCAGCAACAACAGCAACAGCAGCAACAGAAACCAUCAGCAAGGGCUAUGUUUGACUUCGAUGCACAGAACGAAGGAGAACUAAAUCUCAAGGAAGGUCAAGUAGUGGAACUUGUUGCGCAGGUGGAUGAAAACUGGUUCGAGGGCCGAUUGAAUGGGAAGAAUGGUCUGUUUCCGAUUGCUUAUGUACAAGUUUUGGUUCCACUGAGAUGA